GCUUCGACAACGAUUGUUUGUCUGUCAGACGUUCACACCGGUAAGUGUGCGCACUCGUGAGUAAUACCCUCGUGCACUCCACGCUAACCGACGGUAGAUAUGGUCGUCGGAAGUAGGUCUCUGCUGGGCUGUAUUGCAUUGGCGGCUGUCAUACUAGCCGGCACGUGCAGAACUUCCAGCGCCGCUAAGAUACUGGCCGUGUUUCCGAGCAUCAGCAAGACGAACUAUCUCUUUGGACAGGUGUUGUUUGAGGCACUCGCAGCCAGAGGUCAUAAUGUAACCAUCGUAAGCCCGUUUGAGGUGCAGUAUGCGUACGAGAACAUUCGACAGCUGAGGAUAACUGGACUGUUUAGUCACAUAGAAGAUUAUGGACUCCACGCGAACGUGUUUACCAAGCGUGACAAAUCGAGCUUCUAUGGCAAUACCAAUGUCAUCUAUGGUACCGCCGCGCUGGCCGACUAUACGCUCGGCCAUCCAGCGCUACAGGAGCUGCUAAAGAACCCAACCGAAACCUUCGACCUGCUAAUCCUGGAUCAGGUGCUGUGUGAAAGUUUACUCGGGUUGGCUUAUCAUUACGGGGUGCCGGCGGUUGUGUACAGCGCCGAUGCCCCCAACAAGUACACGAACGAGAUGGUGGGCAACCCGCACAACCCGGCCUACAAUCCGAUCCCGUCGCUCGGCUACUCCGACCGAAUGCAUCUGGUGCAGCGCGUGUGGAACACGUUCGUGUCGAUCUGCGAGCAGUUUAACUACAAGUACCUGUACCUGCCGUCGCAGGAAGCCGUCUACCAGCGCUACUUUGCGCGGCGCGAUCUGCCCCCGCUGCUUGAUCUCAUUCACAACGUUAGCCUGGUGCUGAUAAAUAGCCAUCCGGUAAUUAACUUCGCGCGUCCGUUCGUGCCGAACAUGAUUGAGAUUGGCGGUGCACACAUCCGCCAGCUGGAAGAUACGGGCUUCUCGCAGGACGUGAUCAAUUGGGUAGAGAAGGCAAAGAAUGGAGUGAUCUACUUCAGCAUGGGCACGAACAUUCGCUCGGCCGACUUCCCCGACACCUUGCGGGAAGCGUUCGUGGGCGCGUUCAGCAAGCUGAGCCAGGUGCUGAUCAUUUGGAAGUGGGAAAAUGCCACCCUGCCCAAUCAAUCGGGCAAUGUGAUCAUUGGUCCGUGGAUGCCGCAGCAGCAGCUACUGGCCCAUCCGAACGUGCGGUUACACAUCACGCACGGUGGACUGCUCAGCAUGAUGGAAACGGUGCACUAUGGCAAACCGAUCGUUGGAUUACCGCUGGCUGGAGAUCAGGAGAUACUGGUAAACCGUGCGAUAGAGGCUGGCUUUGGUCUGAAGCUCGACUAUCAGAACAUAACGGAGGAGCAGGUGCUGCACACGAUCAACGAGAUGCUUAACAACUCUACAUAUCGUUAUGCAGCUCUAAAAGCUUCCCGACAGUUCCGAGAACAACCGCUUAAACCCAUGGACAAAGUCCUCUACUACGUGGACUACGUGUUAAAGCAGGAUAGUGGCGUUAAUUAUUUGCGCAGUGGUGCACUGUAUCUAUCCUUUUGGCCCCGGCACGUCGUAGAUGUUGCCACCAUACUGGUGCUAAUCACCAUGAUACCGGUGGGACUGUUUGCGACCUUGAUUCAGAUCAUAUUGCGAAAGACUCACGAGCGAAAGUUGAAGAAUACUAUCAAUACAGGCAAAGCGGCAGCUAAUGGGAAAAUGGCGGGCAAGGCUGUGCAAAAGAAAAAGAACUGAAAUGGAACCAAGACUGGUAAGGAUAUAUCGAAGUUUUUUUUUGUUGAGUUUAUGUAGUGUUGUUUAAACGAUAUACAAAUAGAAAUAAAAAUUUCACUGUUUUAUCAAUUUA